GCUGUUUGCAGCGUGUGUAAUGUUAUAAAUACAAACACACAUUUAUAAGUUAACCAAACUGAUACAUUAAUCCUGCAGCCAUCACAUACACGUGUAGAUAUUCUAAACGAUAUGGAUUCAAGAGAAAGUUUAAAAACAGUUUUAGAUGACAUAUUAGAAUAUUCUCCAAAAAUAAAUGCCAGCGGUGAAUGGAUAUUAAACGAACUGGAUGUGGAAUGUAUAUGUAUUGGAGCAGGGAUUCUGGGCUGUGGAGGAGGGGGCAAUCCACGAAUAGGAAAACACAGGGCCUUGGAGGCACUCAAAUAUGGUAAACUUAUCCGAGUAAUUUCUCCGGAGAGAUGUGCGAGAUCAAUGAGUGAAACUAGUCUCGUGAUACCAGUUGCCUUUAUGGGAGAUCCUUCAGUACUAAAGGAGAAAUUGAAUAAUAGUGGUUCGGAAACGUGUGAUGCAAUAUCGGCCCUAUUAGAUAUCUACUGCCAUGGCGCAAGAUGCCACAAAACAGACAUACAAUCAAAUAGAACUGGUGUACGAUACAUAGAUGAUUAUAAGCCAAAUGGAUUGACUGAAUUAAAACCUGGUUCCACUGGGGAUAUAGUUGCACUAAUGGCUGUUGAAAUAGGGGGUGUCAAUUCAACAGAGCCGCUUAUCAGUGGGGCUGAACUAAAUAUUCCAGUGGUAGACUGCGAUGGAAUGGGCCGUGCUUUUCCAGAAUUACAGAUGUAUACUCCGACAAUAUACGGUUUGCCUUGCUACCCUGCAACACUGGCUGAUGACAAGGGACAGAGGGCUGUAAUCAUUGAAGCUACGUCUCCGAAACAUGUAGAAGACCACUUGAGAGGAGUCUGUGUCACUAUGGGAAGUUUAGCCGGUUUUGCAAAUACACCAUUGAGAAAAGAGGAUGUACUCCACAAAACAGUGCAGCACUCGACUAGUAGGGCCUGGCGUUUAGGGCAUGCUGUACUGAAAGCCAGGGCACAGAAGAAAGACGCAUUCCAAGCUAUAUUGGAUUGCGAGAAUGGAAAGUGCCUUUCCAAAGG